AUCUACAGUUGAUACAGCACUAAGCACUCGGCCUGUAUCGGCGUUACCCCGCUAUAUUUUACUGCCCCUCACCUCUACCACAACCCCGCGGUUGGAGGCGGCUCAUCUGGCUCAGCAGGUAGGUAGAUAGAUACCUUGAGGGACAAACGAUAAUCGGGGGAAAUAGCUCCAACAUCUUUGAGAUAUUCUUUCUAAUAGUCUGGCCUAUUACAAACUCCUACCCAUAGAGGCACAGUGAACUAUCUUCGAAGUACCUACUAAUUGCCUUCAUUAACCUACCUGUCCAGUAUCAUCAGAUAUUGCGAAUCGACACCUUGUGAUGAGCCUAUGCGAUAAGCGAUAGACGAACCCGAAGCAACCCUCCCAUUUUCUUGCGAUUCGCCAUGCAUCCCGAUCAACCAAUCCGUCACGGCUCUCUUGAGCAUAUACUGCCUCCAAGCUGGAAGGCAACAAUCACGUCUUGGCUUGCCGAAGACACGCCUUCAUACGAUUACGCCGGGUACGUGGUGGGAGAAAAGGAACACACAGCUACCCUGUGGGGGAAGAGCGCCGGCAUUAUAGCCGGUGUGCCAUUCUUCACGGAAAUCUUCAAGCAAUGCGGCUGCACGGUCGAGUGGCACGCGGCAGAGGGCAGUUAUAUCGAGAGGCCGAAGGACGGAUCUAGCAAGUUCAAAGUCGCCACCGUGACGGGUCCCGUGCGAGGUCUGCUUCUUGGAGAGCGCGUCGGCCUGAACCUGCUAGCUCGCUGCUCCGGCAUCGCCACCGUAAGCCGAAACCUGCUUCUCAGCCUGCGCAGCGCCGGAUACAGGGGAAUCCUUGCCGGCACGAGGAAGACGACCCCUGGGUUCCGCAUCGUCGAGAAAUACGGCAUGCUCGUGGGCGGGGCCGACACGCAUAGAAUGGACCUGAGCUCCAUGAUCAUGCUCAAGGACAACCACGUCUGGAGCCGCGGGAACAUCACCGAGGCCGUGCAAGCUGCCAAGCUGGUCGCUGGUUUCUCGCUCAAGAUCGAGGUCGAAGUGCAGAACGAGGCAGAGGCCGACGAGGCUAUCGCUGCCGGCGCGGACGUUGUCAUGCUGGAUAACUUCACCGGUGAAGGGGUCAAGAUCGCCGCCAAGAGCCUACGGGAGAAGUGGAAGGGCAAACGAGAGUUUCUAAUCGAGGUCAGUGGCGGCUUACGCGAGGACAACGUGUUCGAUUAUGCGAAUAACGAUAUCGACAUCAUCUCCACGAGCUCCAUCCAUCAGGGCACACCACAUGUAGAUUUUUCGUUGAAGAUCAACCAGCCCUGAUCAAUUCUAAUCAGGCGAUGUAAUAAAUAGUUACAAUAUUGAAGCUGGGGGGAGGGAAAGGGUGUAUUGCAUGCCUGUGUAUCUAUACACUAUACUGUACUGUACUGU